UUCGUCAGGAGGCGAUGGCGGCACGGCCGUGACAUCACCCCGCGGCUUAUAUAGUUGGGGAAGGGUCUGGGUCCCCCGUCUGGUGCCKGGAGCCGCCCGUCAGCGCGUGCGGAGGGCGAGAAGCAGCGGGGCUGUGUCUUGUCUGUCUCUGUCUCUCUGUGUCUCUCUCUCUCCGUCUCUCCCUAGGAUUUAUGGACUUUACUUUCUAGAGGGCGGCGCGGCAAGGAUGAGAGUCCAGCUGGUGUGCGUGKUGCUGCUGGCCCUGGCCUCCUGCAGCCUCUGCUCAGAUUCAGAAGAGGAAAUGAAAGCAUUAGAAGCAGAUUUAUUGACCAAUAUGUACACAUCAAAGAUACUUUCCAUAACCCCAAAAAUUACCAGAGCAAAACUUCCUUACUGGAAAAUGACCCUGUUAAAUGUCUGYAAUCUUGUCAACAACAUAAACAACCAAAUGGGUGAAACAGUAGAGGUMGAUGAGGAGGAUCUGGUUCCAGGAAGACAGUUCCCCUCUGCCCUGGAUGGCUUCAGCUUGGAAGCAAUGCUGACAGUAUAUCAACUCCAAAAAGUUUGCCACAGCAGAACCUUUCAGCAUUGGGAGUUACUUCAGCAAGAUGCUUUUGAUCUAGAAAAUGCGAGCCAAGAAAAGGAAAUAAUGAAGAGAAAAAAUCCUUAUAUUCUGAAACGGCAGCUACAUGUGAACAAAGCUAGAAGACCAUACAUACUCAAGAGAAGUUCAUAUUACUGAGGCAGCAGAAGAAAACAAUGUAUAUUUAGUUUAUAGGUAACUGUGUGUUAUGGUUAUCUUAUCUAAAUCUAAAAUCAUACUUGUGUGAAAACAUACUAUGGAAAAUCAAGAUGAUAACAUAGCUGUGUCUUUUUUGCAGUUGCUGUUUCUUGAUUGUGAAUUUUUCCUACUUGAGAUUAAUUGGACUAAUACAUUUGCAAAUAAAACUAGUUUUUAAGCAUGAUGUAUUGUACAAAAUUAAGACUUUAACAUGCUUUYAAUCUUGUAGUCUUUUCCAAUUUUAUAAAGCACACCAACAUAACACCAAUUAAAUUGAUAUUGUCCAUAAAUCCUAAUGAGAAUCUUAAAAUUUAUUAAUGCAACACCUCAAACAUGUAAAUGUUUACUUUUUUUUUGAAUUUCAUAGUAGUAAUAACUACCACAGCAUUUUAAGUUUUGGCCAGUUUAAUUUAUUAGGGAAUAGCUCUAAGGAAGAAAGGGAAUGCAAUCAACUAACUAUUUAAUGGUAAUGUCAAAAUUAAUAUUUUAAAUAGUUGCUUGUAAGUGAAUUUUGAGUUUUUGACUUCAAAUCUGUGAAUGCUCAGGAAAAAAAACAACAAAAAGUGUUUCAUGUCCUGGUGCUGUUGCUGUUAAAAGUCAAAAUAGUAAUCUGGUUACACGAGAAACUUGAAGCAUUUGCAAGGUGAGUUGAAAUUAGAACAUMUUAUAGUUACAAUUAAAAGGAUUUUCCUUUCCCUCCCUCCACAAAUUUGU